AUGUACGGAGUCGCUAGCCUCAUCGUUACCGCUACUGUGCUACCAUUACUUGGACUGGUAGCGGUAUGCUUGAGAUUUUUUGUGCGCCUUCGCCUCAAGCCCAGCUUUGUGGGGAUCGAUGAUUGCCUGAUUGCUUUUUCUUGCCUUUUGGUCUUCGCGCAAGCUGCUAGCCAAAUCACCGCGGCCGUCAUAGGAGAGCUUGGCAGAGACAGUGAACCGACUGUUGACUGGCGCGUCGCAAACCAAGGCAAGCUCGAUUACGCCACCCUGGUAAUUGAAAAAUUCACAUACAGCUGCAUCAAGCUCGGUGUCCUCUUCUUCUACCGCCGAAUCUUCUAUCACCAUAAAACGUUCCGCAUCCUCAACAAUAUUCUCAUCGUCAUCAUCACUCUUUGGGGCCUUGUCUUCAUGUUAAUGGAGGCCUUCACAUGCGGCGCUGACUCCCAUCACGGUCAUCCUUGUGCACCGCAGGAGUGGUUAGUGCUAUGGUUCGCUAUCACGGAUGUGCUGGGUGAUAUUGCGGUGCUUACGCUGCCUUAUCCUUGUAUCCGGGCAUUGCAGAUGAGCCGGAGGGAAAAGGUCGGGCUGAGUGCCAUCUUCAUGCUGGGCACGCUAUCGCUCCUCUUCGGUAUUGUAAGACUAGGUUUCGUCGCGAAGACGUUCACGAUCUAUUUCCAUCCCUCAAAGAGCGCAACCAGCCACGAUCGUACCCCUCCCUCAUUCUGGACCACCGUCGAAGUCUCCAUUGGCCUUUUUGCAGCUUGUCUCCCUCCGCUAGGGCCGAUAAUCACACGUGUACCUUCUCCACGGAAGAUGUAUACCUCUGUGCGACAUGGUCUUGCAUCGUACGCUUCGGGCGGCAGCAAGCUGUCUGAGAGAAUAACAAGCGUUGAGCAUGUCUCGAAUGUCGAUGCGUUCGACGGACACAAGAUGGGAGCAGUCAAGGAAAGAGAACGUGGGGUUAGUAGCGACGAAGAAGUCGAAAUGGUGCAAUAUGGGGGUUUCAAGGAAAAGGUGUGA